AGUCAUUUUAGUACACUACACUAACCUAAUCCUAACUGACGCGCCAUGCCUCGCUAUACGGUUCACAUUCGGGACGAGUGGCUGGCUGUUCCCUGCCGCGACCCGACCUACACCAUCCAGUGGCUGGGCUACGAGGCGCUCAAACGCUACACCAAGAACAAGCCCGACAACGGAGGCAUCAACGCGGUGAAAGACAUUCGGUUUGUCGCGAGGAGGUGCCAGGGACAGGGUCUGUUGGACGGCGAUGACACCAUAGAGGAUGUCCUCGAGGACAAUGACUUCGUCGAAAUUGCCAUCGAAGGGGAUACCAUGUCUCCAGACUUCAUUCCAUACCAGCCUGGAGUUUCACACCUGACAGCUGCAUACAGAGAAUCCGACGAUAACCUUUUCCUAGACGGUAACAGCCUGACUUCGACAGACCUGGUGAAUUUAGGACGGGGUCUGUACAAGAUUAAGCUGACCUCAGAGGCAGAGAACGGAGUUGUGAAAUCCAGAGAGCUUCUGGACACCAUCGUCAAGGAGAACAAAGUUGUCUAUGGGAUCACUACAGGGUUUGGUAAAUUUGCCCGGACUGUCAUUCCUGUCCACAAGCUCAAGGAGCUACAGGAAAAUCUGGUGCGAUCACACUCUGCAGGUGUGGGCAACCCACUGAGCCCAGAAAGGACCAGGAUGUUGUUGGCGCUGAGGAUCAAUGUCCUGGCUAAAGGAUACAGUGGAAUCUCCCUGGAAACCCUGCACAGAAUGAUCCAGGCCUUCAACGCGUCCUGCCUGUCCUUCGUCCCUGAGAAGGGGACAGUAGGUGCCAGCGGAGACCUGGCCCCUCUCUCCCACCUGGCUCUGGGGCUGAUGGGAGAAGGCAAGAUGUGGUCGCCCAAGAGUGGAUGGGCCGACGCCAAAUACGUACUAGAGGCUCAUGGACUCAAGCCAAUAUCACUGAAGCCCAAGGAGGGCCUGGCGUUAAUUAAUGGUACCCAGAUGAUCACGUCUCUGGGGGCAGAGGCGGUGGAGAGAGCCCAGGCCAUCGCCAGGCAGGCGGACAUCAUCGCUGCUAUCACCCUGGAGGUGCUUAAGGGGACCUCCAAGGCCUUCGACAGUGAUAUCCACGCUCUGCGGCCCCAUCCAGGACAGAUAGAAGUGGCCAUGAGGUUCCGCGCCUUACUGGACUCAGACCACCACCCCUCAGAGAUCGCAGAGAGCCAUCGGUUCUGUGACAGAGUCCAGGAUGCCUACACCAUGCGUUGCUGUCCUCAGGUCCACGGUAUUGUGAACGACACAAUAGAUUUUACCCAGAAAAUCAUCAACACCGAGAUCAACAGCGCCACCGACAACCCUAUGGUGUUUGCAGAGAGAGGAGAGACCAUCUCAGGAGGAAACUUCCAUGGAGAAUACCCAGCAAAGGCCCUGGACUUCUUGGCUAUAGGUGUCCAUGAGCUGGCAGCCAUCAGUGAGAGGAGGAUUGAGCGUCUGUGUAACCCGUCUCUCAGUGAGCUGCCAGCCUUCCUAGUCAACGAGGGAGGGCUCAACUCUGGAUUCAUGAUCGCACACUGUACAGCUGCCUCCCUGGUAUCAGAGAACAAGGUGCUGUGCCACCCGUCUUCAGUGGACUCCCUGUCCACCAGCGCAGCCACAGAGGACCACGUCUCCAUGGGAGGCUGGGCCGCCAGGAAAGCCCUGAGGGUGGUGGAACAUGUGGAACAAGUCCUAGCAAUCGAGCUGCUAGCUGCCUGCCAGGGAAUUGAGUUCCUCCGCCCCCUGCGUACUACAACACCACUGGAGAAGGUCUAUGACCUUGUACGCAGCGUAGUCAAGCCCUGGAUCAAGGAUAGGUUCAUGUCUCCAGACAUUGAGGCGGUCCAUCGUCUUCUUCUAGACCAGAAGGUGUGGAACGUGGCUCAGCCAUACAUUGAGAAGUAUAACAUGGAGCUUCUUCCUGAGUCCCGCCCCAUCUCUCCUACUGCCUUCUCAUUGGAUCCCCCAGCAUCACCACGGAAACGCAUCCGACUUGAGUGAAAUCAUCAUCUGUCUAAAUAUAUGCUUUUUGUCUUCCUGUUUUUCAGACAAAUGUUUUCUUCCUUCCGCAACCCCAGCGGCUUCAAUAAUUAUCAUGUAUUCCAUGCUAGUUUUGAACAAAGAGUUGUCGGAUAACAUUGAUUGAGGCUAGACAGUAGAUUUGUAAUCUUAUUCGUCACAGGAAACUAGAUAAAGCUUGAUUUAAUGUAUUAAACUUUAUUCACAAAAGCAAUGUGAAUUUAUUUUUCAAUAAACUACAAUAACUUUA